AUGUUAUACCAGACCAUCAUCUUUGCACUAUUAGUGAGCUCUGGAGCUGAGUGGGUACAAAUACCCACAUUUAAUCCUAUUUUAUAUGAAGAAAAUACAGAAAUGGAACAUGAGGAACAGCUGUCACUCCAGAACACUUUUAAUCAGACUAUAAUGGCAAAGGACAUGCAAAAAGUGGAGAAGGGGCUGUUUGGAGGGCUCAGCAAUGGAGAGAACCUGCAAAGUGAUUCUGAAAUUCUAUCACCAGAGAAUGUUUCAGACCUGGCUUUCAAAGGAAUGAAACUUAACAAUUUAAAAGCCUUCAAUGAGGAACAAGAACAUUCCAAAAGUAGCUCUGAUGUUUGGAAUAUACCUACUGAAGUAUUUCAGUCAGUGCAAAGGUCGUUAUUAUUGGGUGUAUCACAGCAGGCAAAAAAGAAGAUAGAAUUUCUGCAAGGACUUCAGAAUACAAUGCUCAGUCACAUAGAAAACAUGCUGGACCAGCAGUGGAGCGUGAAAAGACAAGCACGCUUUGAGAAAGGAAUGGCAUUUCCUUCGAUGGAAGGAACAUUAAUGUCAAUUUCUUUUCUGAUAUUUGCUGUGUUUCUUGUGAAACUAGUACAGCAACUGAUACAAAGCUUACAGGGCGGCUCCAUACCUUCUACUCCCACUAUGCUCAUAGCUGGCAGGAGACGAAGAUCACUGACCAGCAGUCUUGAGGCUAUGCAAGUUUUACAUUUCAUCAAUAACCAUGAGUGGUCAGCAGAUACUUCUUAAGGGCACUGCAUCCACAACAAGAAUUCAACAAAGAAGCUCACAUACCAUACUCUCCUGGAGAAGAUCACCAAAGUUUGAUUGGAAAAACUAUUCCUCAUUGAACAUUUUAUAUAAACUAAAAUUAAUGUUCUGGCACCAUCAUUUAAUUAUUUUACUAUACAAUGGGAAAACAGACUAAGUAAUUGUAUACUGCUUCAAUUAUUUUCUCAGGCAGUUGUAUAAAUAACCAUUGGGCUUUACCCUGAUGGCAUAAACCUGAGUGAUGUGAGUAUGAUAGUAAUGUACCUUUUUUUAGAUGUUGAAGUAAUGUUUA